GGAAAACCACGUUCUUGGGAUGAUCGUAAUAUCUUGAGCCUUGGGAUAUACAUGUAAGAUCAUGACAGGAAUUGCCGAGUGUAUCACUCUAAACAAUGGGGUGGAGAUGCCAAUGGUUGGACUGGGGACAUUCCAAGGCAACUACCAAUACACAAGUGUAUUUGACGUUGUUGUAUCGAGUGUCACACAGGCCAUUGUGACAGGCUACAGACACCUCGACACUGCAUUCAUAUACAACACAGAAGAUGCUGUCGGUGAGGCUAUUAGGGGGAAGAUACAAGAUGGAACAGUGACCAGGAAGGAUUUAUUUGUAACAACCAAGUUGUGGUGCCCAUACCAUGAGAAGGACAGGGUAAAGGAAUGUCUGCAGAAGAGUUUGAAAAAUCUUGGCCUCGAGUAUGUCGACCUCUAUCUGAUUCAUUGGCCUACACCGAUGGUGUAUUCAACAGAGCAGACCUGGCCAAAAGACGAAAAUGGAAAAAGUAUUUACUCUAAGACAGACUACGUAGAAACUUGGCAGGGAAUGGAAGCAUGUGUAGCAUCGGGGCUCGCUAGAUCCAUCGGAAUGUCAAACUUCAACCAACAUCAACUACAGAGGAUCCUUGACAAUUGCUCAAUCAUUCCAGCGGUGUUACAGAUCGAGAGCAAUCCAUUCUUUACGAACACACCACUAAUCGAGUUCUGCAAAAAGAACACCAUUAACGUUGUUGCGUAUAGCCCACUUGGCAAGCCGUACAGAACUUGGGAUAAUGACCCUGAGAAGGAUCCAUAUUUCAACACAAAUGAGACUAUAUUAAAACUGGCGGAGAAAUAUAAGAGAACCCCUGGCCAGAUAAUGCUAAGAUACCAAAUACAGAGAGGUGUGGGCGUAGUCCCAAAGAGCAACGACAAACAAAGGCAAACCGAUAACAUACAGAUAUUUGAUUUUGAAUUCAGCGUGGAAGACAUGAAGUCGUUGCACGAACUUAAUAGAGAUUUCAGGAUACUGAAGUUAGAACCAUUGGCAGACAGUCCAGAAUAUCCAUUCAAUGAGCCAUACAUCGGUAUGUGAUGUGCUACAACUACAAUGGACCCAUCCUUCGAUCACAGGGCUUCACGAUCCACAACUCUCUUUCGGAUUCUGGAUAUCUGCUUAGGAGUAUGCAAUGAACCUUACUGAUACCUACUGGCAGUGAAAAUAAACAAACCGCUAAUAUUUGAUUUGACUAACGUAUACAGCAAAUAAAUGGACAUGUGCAAUAUCAGCCU